AUAGUCAUCAGCUCCUGUCCUGAAGCCAUAGAUUCAGCAGCCUUCAACUGGAGCGUGGAUUGCGCAUUUUGAGAGGUUUCCAGCAUCGCUUUGGCGCUCCUGCAUGCGCUCGUUAGUAGUUUCGCUAUUUUUUCUAAUCGGCGUCCUUUUCUCUCCACUUGCCUCCUCUACGCUCUACUUUCGUUCUGGUGCCGCUCGAAUCUAGGAGCGGAACAUCUGGAGCAUCAGAAUCAGUUCACUGUCUGGAACUUCCAGACGGCAGCACUUAGCCACAUCGCGUGAGAUUCGAGCUUCGAGACGUCGCAAAAAGUCGCAAAAACUCAAAAGCUCAACAGUCCGACCACGGCAAUGGCAGGCUCCGCAGGCGCAGGCGAUCGCCGGAUCCUCGUGGAGUGGCUGGAUCCGGUGAUAGUUAAGAUCACCAUCAACCGGCCCGAGGCGCUGAACUCGCUGACGAGGCCCAUGAUGCGCGAGCUCGCGCAGGCGUUCAAGCGGAUCCGCGUGGAAGGCAGGGCGAGGGCUGUCAUUCUCACAGGAGCUGGCCGCGCGUUCUGCGCUGGAGUGGAUCUGACAGCAGCACAGAGCGUGUUUCAGGGGGAUGUGACGGACGAGGAAACGGACGUGGUGGUGCAGAUGGAGCGAUGCCCGAUGCCCAUCAUAGGGGCCAUCAACGGCCAUGCCAUCACUGCUGGCUUCGAGAUCGCUCUUGCUUGCGACAUUCUGAUUGGCAGCAGCAAGGCCAAAUUUGCAGACACGCACAGCAAGUUUGGCAUUUUCCCGUCUUGGGGACUUUCGCAGAAGCUUCCUCGCCUUAUCGGGGUGAACAGGGCGCGGGAGGUGUCUCUAACAGCAGAGCCGGUCAACUCAGAAACAGCGGAGCGAUGGGGCCUGCUGUCCCGAGUGGUGGAUGCGGAUAAACUUAUGCCGACUGCGAUUGCAAUCGCCAAGACCGUGGCUGGUAACCAUCCGGGCUUGGUGCUUCGUUACAAGGCGGUGAUCAAUGAUGGAAUAGGGCUCACACUAAGCGAGGGAAGACAGCUGGAAACGGAGAGAGCUCGGGCAUACUACAAGCAGAUGACACCCCAGGAUUUCGAGAAGAUGAAAGUGUUCAUAGCUGCCCGGCCAGGGAAAUCCAAGCUGUGAGCAUGGUGGUCGUGCACCAUAGUACUGCGGUUUUCCACUUGUACAUUUGUAUUGUUUUAUGCCAUAGUUUUUUAGACACGAUGCUUAAGGGGUGAUGACACGCGUCCUAGAAUCGGUCAAUCUCGGUUUCGCACAUUAUGUGAAAGCCUAUAUCAAGUUGCACAUUAGACAUUUAGUGAAGGGCUUAAAGC